AUGAGCAAUGGUACCGGUUUUAAUGGUCCUCAGAAGAGAAAGAAAAAGAGCAAGUCACGAAAGGGGCUGGCCAAGGCAUUCGCAUGCUCUGAGCCUGGAUGCGACAAGAGUUUCACCCGAUUAGAGCACUUGGGAAGGCACCAAUUGAACCAUGCGCCGAAGCAGAUUUUUGCUUGUACUUGGCCAGGCUGCACCAAGGUCUUUGUGCGCAAGGACCUACGGACACGUCAUCUCGACCGACACAGUCGGAAGAAUGGAAAAGAAGUCAAUCAAAACAAUCUUCCUUCUUUGGAAAUCUCGCUCAAUGGCGAAGGAAAGGUGUCGUCAGGUUACGAAGCGAGACAGAACAACGAUUCUCCAGUCUCUGACUCGUCAACUGCUCCGAUGGAUGAUGCGGCAAUCAUGCAAAUGAGAAUGGGCAAAGAACCUGCGUUGCAAUUGCCAGUCUCGGAGUUUGAAACAGAAAAGUUCUCUUCCAACCCAAGUGCAGGUGCCCUGAGUCUUACCUCUCAAACGGUUGAGCCGGAUUUUCAGCCGUUCCCUGCAGAAUUUGGUACACGUUCAGAAUCGCAAACACCUCUCGCUCUGGAUAAGUUCAUGGAGAGCUCAUUCCCUGACAAUCAAGGAUCCGUGAAUCUGAUGGGAACCAGUAUGGACGAGUCUUCAUCCACUGAUCUGAUUGAUUGGCUCUUUUCCGACGCAAUGCUUGCCGGGAACCGAGAUUUCUAUGCACCCAACGAUUUCAGCUCAUUCCUUGUGUCCCCGAUGAUUGAUAUCUCUCAGCUAUCUAGCCCUCCCCAGUUCUCCCAAUCAAAGAUCAUGUCAGACUCUAAAAGGGACGAACUGAUCAGUCUUGUUCCGGGUCUGGAAAGCGAGCCCGAUUUCUCGCUCGAUACGAUUCGAAUAUGCAUGGAACUGUACUGGGAAAAGUUUCAUUUUCAGUUUCCGAUUCUCCACCGCAGAUCUUUCGAAGUUGAUAGGACUCCGGCACCAUUGAUCCUCUGUAUGAUAUUAAUCGGCGGCUCAUACGAUGCUGGCGCAAGAAAAAUUACCGACCGUAUAGCUGAGCCCUUGCGAUGGGUCAUUUUUGGCUCUCCUGAUUUCCACCCGGUUACAAAGGCGUGGAUACUUCAGAGCCUGCUCUUACUUGAGAUUUAUGAGAAGAUGCUGUCUACUCGCAAACUGCACGAGCGGGCACAUAUUCACCACGGCGCAACAUUACAGCUGAUCAGACGUGGUUCAACAUUGCAUGAUAGUUCAGCAACCACGAUACCAGGUGAUGGUGACGAUAGCACAUGGAAACGCUGGGUAGAGGCUGAAUCUAUCAAGCGUGCGAUCUUUGUUGCUUUUAUUUUGGACGUCACUCACUCGGUGAUUUUCGGUCAUAGCAUUCUAAUGUAUGCGCACGAGAUGCGGUUGUCGCUGCCAUGCGACGAUACGAUCUGGGAAGCAACAGAUAACCAAAGGAAGCCUCUUAUGAGCAAACCUCCUUUACCCUUUCUUGUUGCACUGAAACGCAUUCUAAAUCAGCAGACGGUCGAAGUGGAUAAUUUGGGCCGGCAUGUGCUAAUGUGCGGGGUCAUGUCCCUUGCUAUUCAGAUGUCGCAUCAGGCUCUGCAAGUGUCUUCGAUAGGCUGGGGAUCGUUUCGGGAUACGUGGAAGUCAACACUUGCACGAGCGUAUGAUUUUUGGUUGGCUGAUUACGAGCCGCAGAGACGGCAGAAGCUAUUAUCAACAGUCAUAUCGGAUACUGUCAGUGUUGCGUCGAGCUCCAAUGCUGAGAAUGAUAUGGGACCGAUGUUUGUGCUCUUAUACCAUAUGAGCCAGCUGUCGAUGCAUGUUGCCCGGUAUGACUUGCGUGUUUUCUGUGGCGAUAAAAGGGUGCUCGGUCGCUCGACUGUCGAGCGAGAUUUCGAGGCGUCGAAGCGGCACAUGUACGAGUGGGCACAUUCACAGAGUGGCAGCAUUGCUGCAUUUCACUCUAUUAAAGCACUGUAUAAGAUAAUGGUGCUGGGGGAUGAGUCCACGAGGAUUUUCCAGAUCAAUCCUCCCAUUGAAGCUACUUCGUCUUGUGGGUACCAUGUGGCAAAGGAUAUAUAUGUGCAUCGGGCAUCUAUGCUUGUACAUUGUAUGCUUGUUUACUGGGCGUAUGCUUACUGUCGUUGUGGGCCAGAGUCGGAGAUUAUAGCGGGCGGCUUACCGUCUGCAAACGUCCUGACGAGCGACGAGGAUUUAAUUGCUGCGGCAGAAAGCGGACGUAUAUUUCUGGAGCGCUUACAUCUUAGGACGUCGAAACCAUCGGAUUUGGAUAGUCUAGAACGCAAGCAUUUGACGGUGGACCUCUUGCGAUGGAUUAUAUGGUCGCUUCGUGGAUGUGAAUGGGAGCUUUUGGGUGAGAUGAUUGUGAUAUUGGAGCGUUGCGUCCAGCGGAGUUUGGGAAAAGAAUUUGAUGGGAAUUGCUCUGAAUAG